CUGAGCUCAUCUUACUAUUUGUGAUUCAUCUGUUCUUGCUUCGAUGGCAGAACUACGUGCGAAGUAAUCGAGUAGUUAAUGUGAUGUUUUGUGAAGGCAAUAACGAGAAUGCCAAUACAGGCACCACAGUGGACUGAAUUUCUUUCUUGUCCAGUUUGCUGUCAUGACUUUGAUGUGGCCAUACGUGGUCCAAUAUCUUUAGGAUGUGGUCAUACAAUAUGUCGUACGUGCCUUGCAAAUUUACAUCGUAAACAAUGUCCUUUUGAUCAGAGUAUUAUUAAUACAGAAAUAGAAAGAUUACCAAUAAAUGAAGCCUUAUUACAAUUAGUGGGAAAUCCUGUUCCCACAAAUAUUGCAACAGCUUAUCAAAAAUUACUACCACCUGAAGAUCAUGCUAAUUAUUUGGUUGCUAAACAUUGUAUUGAGGAACUUGCUUUAUAUCUCAAACCAUGUCAGACAAAUCCUUCUUUAACUACAGGUGCAGGACUUGUAUCUCGACCUAUGCAAAGGAAAUUAGUAACUUUGGUGGGUUGUCAAUUAGUGGAACCAGAAGGAAGAGCACGUGCAGUAAGAGCAGCUAGAAGUUUAGGUGAAAGAUCUGUUACAGAAUUAAUAUUACAACAUCAAAAUCCACAACAACUCAAUGCUAAUCUAUGGGCUGCUGUACGGGCUCGUGGAUGUCAAUUCCUUGGACCAGCAAUGCAAGAAGAAGUAUUGAAACUUGUUUUAUUAGCAUUGGAAGAUGGAUCUGCUCUUUCUAGGAAAGUGUUAGUUAUGUUUGUAGUUCAACGUUUAGAAUCACAUUUUCCUCAAGCUUCUAAAACUAGUAUAGGACAUGUUGUACAAUUGUUAUAUAGAGCAAGUUGUUUCAAGGUAUCUAAACGAGAAGGAGAUUCAUCAUUGAUGCAAUUAAAAGAAGAAUUCAGAACAUAUGAAGCAUUAAGAAGAGAGCAUGAUGCUCAAAUAGUGCAAAUUGCAACUGAAGCUGGUUUAAGAAUAGCACCUGAUCAAUGGUCUGCAUUAUUAUAUGGAGAUACAAGUCAUAAAUCUCAUAUGCAAAGUAUUAUAGACAAACUUCAAACUCCACAAUCUUUUGCUCAAAGUGUACAAGAAUUAGUUAUUGCUCUUCAACGUACUCCUGAUCCUGGACAAUUAAGUAGUUUAAGACCACAAUUAGAAUUGCUAGCUGCGAUAGAUCCUAGCCCAGAAACUGAACCUCCUACAUUAGCAGAAUGCCGUGCAGCAUUAGAAGCUGUUAGAACUGUAGUUGCAGCAUUAGUAGAGUUCAUUCAACAACAUGGUAAUCGAAAAGCACAAGAUGGUAUCCAUAAUAUAGGUCCUGGCCAACCAAAAUAUAAAGUGAGCAUGUGUAGAGAUCUCGCACUUAGAGGAUCUUGUCCUAGAUCUACUAAUUGUACAUUUGCUCAUAGUGAUAUGGAACUUGAUAAAUAUAGAUCAAAAAGUCGAAAAUUAAGUCUCAGAUCAAGUUUAUCUGGAAACAAUAAUUCAGAUAUGAAAACAGAUAAAUCAGUCAAUGGAUCAAAUAAAACAUUCAAACAAAGUGAUGAUCUAUCUUAUCAUUCUAUAAAGUCGCAUGAUAAUUCUCAUAGAGAAAAUUUUAAUUCUAUGAACAAAAUUAAUCCAAUACAACAUCAUAAUCCAACAAAUGAAAACAAUUUUAUUGGAUCAUUGACAAAUUACAUGCUACCAUCUCAAGGAAUGUUGCCUAUGGUAUCAACAAAAAAUAUGGAUGUACAUUGCUCUCAUUAUAUUAUGCCUAAUACACCUGUUGAUUACACAGCACCUAAUCUUAAUAUCUGGGAUUCAUCACAAAUUUCGUCUAAUAUGACAAAUGGAAUUUCUAAUACUAAAAAACAGCGAACAGUUGCCAAAACAUUAGCAAUGUUAUUGCAACGUAGGAUGGAAAUAUUAAAUCAACUUGAAACAAUUGUCAACAAACAAGUACCACAGAUGAAACCGAAUUACGAUAUGCAAGGAGAUACAUUAUCAUCGAAUUUCUCUAUAUGGACAAAUACACCAAAUAAUCCCAUGAUUCCUUCAACAAAUAUGAACUGCAAUAAUAAUUUCCGAUGCACAGAUCCUAUUCUAUUUGAUGAUGAAUUUGUGCCAUUUGAUGCAUCAUCUAAUAGUAAAUAUGGACCAAUUUCUAAACUAUCUAAAAAUUUAAUCAGAUCUACAAAUGGUGUACAAUCUGCUAAUUUUUAUACAGAUGGAGGAACAUCUCCUGCAAUAUCUACUUAUCGACCUAUGCCUACAAGUUCUAUUACAUCUUGGUAUUAUGGUAAUCAACCUUAUGCUACUAUUGAUACAAAUGGAGGAAUACAAUCGAUUAAUAAUAGUGGUUUUGGAGAUAGUUAUAUCACAUUCGGUCGCAACGUAUCCGAUUCGUCAACGCAUACGCAACUUCCACGACCGGAUUGCAUGUCUAAAGAUUUAAUUCUUGAAUCGCAAAAGGUAAAACAACAAUUAAAGCAUCUUGAAAAAAAAAUCAAUGACUUAAAGCUUGCCACACAAGGAGCAACCUUUACGGCAGGAGAAAGGUUAGCACAAGAAUUACAAAUGAUUGAAGCUGGUAUUAGAGAAAAAGAAAAAGAUGUACGGAAUUGGAGCCCAUAUGGUACUACUAUACCUUGGAUUCAAUCAACAAAUAAUUUAUUAGGUUCUCAAAGUUUUAAUCAAGAUUAUAAGCCUGAAGAAGAAGAUACAUAUGAGGCAGGUAUUGCAAAUGAUAUGCGGGAAUUAGAAUUACGAUGGGAAUUCGAAUUGCAAGAACAGGAAAAACAUUGGUCAAGUGAAGAGGACAACUCUAAAAAAUAAUAGUAAGAUAUAUGACUCGUUAAUAAAUAUAGAGAAUAAAAAGUGAAGAGGGCUGUGUACACUGGGAAGUAAUAAGCGCAACAAUACUGUUUGUGCAAGCUUCAGAUUAAUUGCAUGUUAAACAUGUCACUAUGUGUAUAAUAAUACACACGUACCUAUGUUAAUGGUAUGAAGCCACAUACAAUCUAUAUUAACGUUCUUUGUUUGAACAUAAUGAAACAAUAAUAAUUAUAUACAUAUCGGUAUAUAAUGCAUAUAGUCAGUGAGCACUUGGCACUUAGCAGUACUAAUAGUACUUUUGUGACACUUACGUUAAAUUAAUUCCUGAUUGUAAGAUUUUCGUUACAUUAGUUGUAAACAUAAUAGGCAAUGCAUAUAUAUAUAUUUCAGGAUUAUUUUUUCAUUAGAAUUCAGAAUUUUUUUUCAUUAAAAAUUAUUUAAUUAAAAUCUUUUGGUAAGAAAAAUUAAAAAUAUAUAUAUGUUUGUUUUAUUAAAUUUAAUAAAAGAUAUUAAAUAAUAUUAUAUAUUUGUAUUGUCUAUUGUGUUUGACAUAAUUGUUAGUCUGGCAUUUUUAAUGUA